ACAUAUAUGAUAUGACCUCCUUGCUUCCCGGACGCGCAAAAAAACACCCGCUCCUCCGCCGCGUGCCCAACAUCGUUCGAAACGAAUCCCGACAGGAAGACGGCACGUCUGCUGUUGAUCAGCCUGCAACUGCAACUUAACCGGAGUGCCAACGUACCGCGACAAUGACUAUGACGACGCCAAUAACACUCACCCGUCUCGCGGUCCUAGCAGUGCUCUUCGCCAUAUCCACCGCCUUACCACUCACCCUCCACACCCGCGACUACGACGACGUCGACCUGCCCAACGGCGCAGCGGGCCCGUACUCGGAGGGCGGCUACAAGCCACCGGAUGCGCGGGCGUCACUAAUCACCGCAGGGGUCUUCGGCUUCCUCGGCCUCGUCGGCGUCGGCGUGUUCUUCUACCUGUGGCGGCGGCUGCGUCGCGAGAACGAAAAGGAGGAUGCUGCGCUAAGGGCGCUGCGCGCGGAGAUGGGGGAAGAGGGCGAGGAUCCGCAGUCGCCGGACUCCGCGCGAGGGAAGGGGGAGGAUGGGAAGGGGGGAGAGGGGGAAAGCGAGAAUAGGAUUGGAUGGAGGAGGAUGAUGCGGGAGAUGGUUGGGUUGGAGGAGAAAGACGAGGUGCGGAAGGAUACGAGAGAGGAUGUGGAUGGAGACGCACAGGGGAAGAGGCCGGAGGGGUUGAGGAUCAGUGUGCAGUCUAUGGAGGUGCGAGAGGUCCCGCCGCUGAGGAUGCCGCUGCCGCCGGCGAAGGCGGUCAUGGCGGGGCAGGGGAGGACGAUCUCGGUGGUGCCAGGGACGUCGAGAGCGUAGGCGUUUGGGGGGUGGGAUACCGAGCGGCACGGUAUUCUCUUGUCGACCUCUCGAAUACACGGAAUCCGGGCGGAGUUGGGGACUCCCGACUCUCACGGCAACCAAUUUACCCAGGACACCCG